GAACGGCAGGUGGAGUGUAGUUCUGGAAGAAAAUUUUCAGCCGACCAAAAACGAGGCAAAAGUUAUAAAAAUGGGACAAAAAUCGAACCCAAAAACUGUGAAACAAUCAUUAACAAUGAGAUUCGCCGCAAUCGCCAACAAGCCGCCGGUAUAUACGGAGGAAGAUCGUAAAGCAGAGCUCCUGAGACUCGCGGAAUGCAUUUGUAAGCGCGAGAAAACCACCAUCCGCUGCAAGCGCUGUGCGAAGUUAUUCUUCGGUCGGAUCCUGCGUACUUGUCCGACCCAUCAAAAUGUCGUCUUCCUGUACGACAUUCAUACGUGCCCGGUAUGCGUCGGAAAAGAUCUGGAAGAGCUACCGAUUGACCUGGCCACCUACACGAAGCUGGUACAGUUAACCCCGUUGCGUCGUUGAUCGCGCAAGAAUCUUAAUCGUAGACCGAUACGAUGACCAUCGUACGUAACUGAAAGCCUGGGCAGCUCUCCACCGUGGAGCAACGAGUCUCGAAGGCAGAUGAAUGAACUACAUGAAUAAAACUAACAUUUUAUUACCGGAACCAUCGUACA